AUGUCUCGUGUGAGCGACACUCCCUAUCACAAAUUGAUUGCUACUCCAAUUGCAUCUUUGAACAGCUUGAUGAUCCAGUGCUCCUCAGCAAUACCAUCUACAGCAGGCGCCAGUCACAUACCAGUACCCGACCUUACGUCGUCAUUGGCCUGCUCCCUUCUGUCAUGUUCCAUUCCAACAGCUACCGUAAUCACACCACCACCACCGUACCAUUCCAUCAACCAUCAUCACACAAUGCGCCCACUUUUCGAUAUGCACAAUGCAGCUGCGAUAACGGAAGCGGAUGCAGAUGUGGUCGGUCUCUCGCAGUCCACGAAAGAAGUGUCAAUCCAAGAUAGUGAUUCCGAUCAAAGCGACAAA